AUGGCAGGAAAAGUAAAGUGGGUGACUGAUAUAGAGAAAUCUGUGUUAAUAAACAACUUUGAAAAAAGAGGGUGGAUUCAGGUGUCUGAAAACGAAGAUUGGAACUUCUACUGGAUGAGUGUGCAAACUAUUCGAAAUGUUUUCAGUGUGGAAACUGGUUACCGCCUCUCUGAUGACCAGAUUGUCAACCACUUCCCAAACCACUAUGAACUCACCCGAAAGGAUUUAAUGGUAAAAAAUAUCAAGAGAUACAGGAAAGAACUAGAAAAAGAAAGUAGUCCUCUUGCAGAGAAAGAUGAAAAUGGAAAAUACCUUUAUUUAGACUUUGUUCCUGUCACCUUUAUGCUUCCAGCUGAUUACAACUUAUUUGUUGAAGAAUUCCGGAAAAACCCUUCCAGUACUUGGAUUAUGAAACCCUGCGGAAAAGCUCAAGGAAAAGGAAUAUUCCUUAUCAAUAAACUUUCACAAAUUAAAAAAUGGUCUCGGGACAGCAAAACAUCUACGUUUGUCUCCCAGUCCUCUAAAGAAGCGUAUGUGAUUUCUCUCUAUAUCAAUAAUCCACUACUGAUAGGUGGGAAGAAAUUUGACCUGCGUUUGUAUGUACUAGUCUCAACUUACCGUCCUCUGAGGUGCUAUAUGUAUAAACUUGGGUUUUGUCGAUUUUGCACAGUGAAAUAUACACCAAGUACAAGUGAAUUAGACAACAUGUUUGUGCAUCUUACAAAUGUUGCUAUUCAGAAGCAUGGGGAUGAUUACAAUCACAUCCAUGGUGGCAAAUGGACAGUGAGCAAUCUGCGCUUGUACCUAGAAAGCACCCGAGGGAAAGAGGUCACCAACAAGCUGUUUGAUGAAAUACACUGGAUAAUUGUGCAGUCACUGAAGGCUGUUGCACCCGUAAUGAACAAUGACAAACACUGCUUUGAAUGCUAUGGCUAUGACAUCAUCAUUGACGACAAACUUAAGCCAUGGCUUAUUGAGGUCAAUGCUUCCCCAUCUCUUACUUCCAGUACUGCCAAUGACCGUAUACUCAAAUAUAAUCUUAUUAAUGACACACUUAACAUCGCUGUGCCUAAUGGUGAAAUUCCAGACUGUAAAUGGAAUAAAUCGCCCCCCAAGGAAGCUCUUGGAAAUUAUGAAAUUUUAUAUGAUGAAGAGAUGGCACAAAGUGAAGUGCCAGAUCGUGAUUUGCGAAGUCGCUCUGGUCAGCCCAUUGGGUUUAAGGGAAACCGAGGCAGAGACACUGGAAAAUCAGGGGCCCUUACUUGGAAGUAGAUGCAGAAUGAACUGAAGACUGAUGCUUCUUGAAAUUCAGGGCUGUGGUCUUUUGAAAUGAAUGCUCAGAUUCUGGAUGAUCUUCUCCACUUUUGCUAAAUGCUGUUAUGGGGAGCGGUAAGCAUUGCUGAAAAAGGACAGAAUCUUCUUCUGUACUGUGGUGACAAGUACAGAGGAAGCUUGUGCAAAAUUGACAUGCAUGUACAUAAAUACUUAUUUUAUUAUUUAUUAAAUACAUUGCAGUUUUGUUGCAGGAUUGUUAAAUUGCAUAUUGUAUCAAAUAGUUGUAAUAUAUAUGAGUUCAU